GGCUGCAAGACGCCUUGAGGGAGAUGAAUGAGGGAGAGGCGGUUGAGGGAGAUGAGAGAGAGAGGAGGGAUUAUCGCCUUUAAGCAGUUUCCACCUGGCUUGGAGGGAAGGAGGGAGGGAAAAGGAGGAGAAGGAGCGGGCCAGGCUGAGGGGGAGGAGGAGGAAGCAUAGAGUGAGUUGCAGGAAGGAAAGAAGGCUGGCAGCACAGUCGCCAUGACCUCCAGAAGGUGCCCUGGGCGCAGGAGGAAAAAAACAGAAUUUCCCUCCAAGAGAGUGACAACAAGAGAAGAACUUGUGUUAAGAGAGCCAUUUUCUGAAAGUGAGAGAUCUUUAAAAUCAGAAGACAACUUGAACAGGAAAGACAAACUCAUCCAAAAACUGCAAUCAGAGAUUGAAUAUUUGAAAACAAAAAAUCUUGACUUGGAAAAGCAUGUUAAGAAACUGCUUGAUAGUAAAGCGGAGGCAACGACUCAGGUGGAUGAUUUGGCUUCUAAGAAUGAAUAUCUGCACAAAGAACUUGCUCAUGUAGACAAAGUAGCAGAACGGCUGGAAAAAGAGAAAGAAUUUGCAUUAGAAAGUGCUGACCAAGAAGUUUCAGAAGCUAAGUCUCAGAUUAAAUGCCAACAAAAUACUAUACGGAAGUUGGAACAUACAAUCAGCCUCCUCAGAACUGUUAUCUUGAACACUGGAAAAUCACAAGAGAGCUCUCCCUCAAAGCUUACAAACGGUAUUAAGACAGUAGAAGAAGAACGAGAUCAUUAUAAAACUGAAACUGAACAUUUGACGAAAAUGCUCCGAAGCACAUCUCUAAGUCCUAAACGCAAAUCCUUUUGUUCUGCUUCAAAGACUUCCUCCCCCGUUCAGGGGAGUCAUUCUGAUCAAGAAUUUCUGCACAUCUUGAAAGACUGUGAAGAAUAUAAGGCUAUGCUAGAAAAAUAUGAACGUCAUGUUGCAGAAAUUCAGGGUAACAUCAAGGUUCUCACAGCAGAAAGAGACAAAGUGCUCCACCUUUAUGGCGAGGCACAAGAAGAAAUAAGUCAACUGCGAAGAGAAGCAAUCAGAAUCCCCAAAGCAUCUAAAACUGCAAUCACUACCCAGGCUGUUUUAAGACGAGUGGAAACAGAAAGGGAUACAGUUAUUUCUGAUUUCCGAAGGAUGUCCACAGAACGUGAUAGCUUAAGAGAGAGGUUAAAGAUUGCCCAGGACACAGCAUUUAAUGAGAAGGCUCACCUGGAACAGAGAAUUGAGGAGUUGCAGUUAAAUGUUCAGAGUCUUGAUAAAGAACGGUUAGAACAGAUAUCAAAGAUGUCUUUGAUGAAGGAGACUAUCGAGUCUGUGGAAAUGGAGAUGAAAAUAUUGGCAAGAAGAGCAAUGGAUUUUGAAAGUGAGCUAAACAGACAAAAAACAGCAAAUGUUUCAUUGAGCAAAUUGAAUGAAAAAACAGAGCAUAGCCUUUCAGAGGCUCAACGACAACUUUCAAAGAAAAAAUACGAACUACAACUAAUUCAAGAGAAAAUUAUGUGCCUAGAUGAAAAAAUUGAAAAACUUUCAAAAGAAAACCUUGCUCAACAUGAAGAUAUGUGUACACUCAAUGAAACGAUAACUGAACUAGAAUCAGAAAAAGAAUCGUUACAAGACCUUCUGGAAGAAAAAUCAGAGAAAACUGCCACCCUUGAAGAAAGCUUGAGCAAUAAAGAAAAAACCAUUUCAGAUUUGAAAUGCAUACUUUCUGAUAUGGAGCAUUCAUCAACGCAUUCUACUGAAGCACUACGCCAAUAUGAGCAGGAUAUUACUAGACUACAUGAGCUGCUUGAUGAUGCUAAUAAUGAACUUACUCAGAUUGGCAGGGAAAAGGAGGCUUCCAUUCAAGAAAAUGAAAGGCUACAGGAAGAACUGUAUGGUUUUAAGCAGGAAAACCAGAUUCUUCAUCAAAAACUCAAUAAAUGUCAAAAUGAACUUGAUGAAGUGAAGUUGAAAACUGAAGAUUGGCAUACUGAUAUUGCCAGACUGAAGAGCAUACUGAACGCUAAAGAGAUAGAAUAUCAUGAUCUUUUGGAGAAUUGCCGCAGGACCAAUGAACAGGCAGAAAAAUGGGAAACAAAAUUCCACCAAAUAGAAGCUGAUUACAAUUCUGUGCGACAUGAAUUUCUCAGUGUAGAGUCUGAGAAUGACAGAUUGAAAGAACGAACAGAUUCUCUUGAAACAGAGAUUGAGCAACAUUUAGUAUCCGAAAAAGCCUACAAAUCACAGAUUUCUACUUUAGGCAAGUCUCUUGUGAAAAUGGAGGAGGAACUUCACAAAUCUCAGUUGGAAAAAGUUUCUAUACUCUCAGAUCUGACAUCUACGCGAGAACUCUGCAUUAAAUUGGACACCAGCAAAGAAUUAUUAACCCGGCAGUUAAAUAGUGCAACACAAGAAGUUGAAAAAUAUCAAAAUGAAUGGGAAACAUCUGAAUCAGAAAUAGAGCUCCUCAGAAAACAACUUACUAAUGAAAGAAUCUCAAUUAAAAAUCUGGAAACACUGAUAGCCUCCAACAGAGAAAACGAAUUUCAAUCUCAGAUAAUAAACCAAGAAAAGAAUUCUGAAAUACAACUUCUUAAAGAACAGCUUUCUCUGGCUGAAAACAAAAUGGAGCGUGCAGUCCAAGAACUUCGGCGCCAAAGUCUUACAGCUUCAUACCACUUAUCAUCAACAAUAAAAUCAUCAUCGCCUGAACGUUGCCGGCAUUGGUCUCCUGACAGGACUCUGGACAGAUCUUUGGAAGGUGACUCCCAUAUGAGUUCAGCAAGGACAAUGGAGGCCAAACUACAGGAACAUGAAGGAUUUGGCGAGGAAAAUUCAGGAAAGAAGAAGUCUAAAUUUAAAUCUAUCAAAAAAUUCUUUGGGAAAAGGAAAAGGAAGGAGGUGCUAUCAAUUUCAGAAAGUGGCAACCUGAAACCGUGUCAGUCUGCAAGCGAUGUCACAGCGUCACAGGCCACCCAUAUGGAUUAUGAUUCUGAAGAUGAACUUGAGAUACACAGAAGCACUAUGGGAAGCAGAGCCCUGUCCCAUGACAGCAUUUUCAUUCCAGAACCUACACAAGAGCCUGCUGGGCCAGUCCGGGUGUUUUCACAGGAAAAUGUUUCAGAUCGAAUUAGAGCUUUGCAGUUGAAACUCCAGCAGAAUUGGAAACCAGGUAUCCCAUAUCCAUCUGGAAUCCCUUCAAAGAGAGUGGAUGACGCUGGGAUGAACUCAGAAGAUGAUGGAUUACCCAGAAGUCCACCAGAAACAUCUUUGUUACAGGAAAUUCUAAAUUCUAGCACAGCAAAGUUUUCUGACUCUCACAAGCAUCUUAGCUCUUUGAGUUUAGCUGGAACAGGCAGCGAAGAAGAAGAACAGGUUAUUUCAAGUCCUUUGGGAUUUCAUUCUGCAGAGAGCCAGCUAUUUCCCCAGGAGCCAAAUUCUAAAAUUAUAACACUGAGAACAUCUGAUUGCAGUCUCUCGCCUCCUGCUGAUUUUGACACUCCACCUGAGUUCUCUUCUUGCUUGGAUAAUUCGGCUGCCAAGCACAAGCUUUUAGUAAAGCCAAGGAACCAGAGAUCUAGCCGAACAAGAAGACCUCCUUUGAGGAGCCUAUCAACAUCUCAAAAUGAGUUGAGCAGCACUCUUGAACAAGAUGAAAGUGAAGGGAAUGAAAUGGUGCCUGAACUGAUCAGUGAAAGAAAGGAACCAGCAGAGCCUCCAUCUGAGAUUACAUAUGGCCAGCCACCUGAAAUAUCAAUGGAUUUUCACCAUAACUUAACUCCCCAAGAUGGAGAUAUAUGCAUUCUGCCACCCAUUACUGACUUGGAUUUACUGCUCAAUGAAUAUAAUCUAGAGGACUAUUCAACUAUGGAGGAGUUAUCACCAUUAUCUUCACCUUCUGCCUCCAAAGAAGAUACAGCUAUCCUGUAUCUUACUCCAAACCAAGAAAAAGAGCAGUCAGGGCCAGCAAAAGUAUCAUCUGGGGAUAUACACAGUAUUUUACACCAAGAAAGUAAGCAGAAUUGUGAAACAUCAUCAAAAAAUGAUAGGAAUGUCAUAGUUCAAAAUGAAUUGAUCCCUUCUUUAGACAGAACGGAAAAAACAGCUCUGAAGGAUCCUAAAGCACUUUUGGAGGAAAUCUGUAAUAAGGGAACGGCAAAAAAAUCUCCUUCAUUGACCAAUUAUGUCAGUGUUUCACCAAAAAAUACUUUCCACUCCACAAGUUUGCCCUAUCAUGAAGACAACAGUAUCAACAAAAUGCCAUGUACAGUCUCAUCACCACAGAUGAAGAGGCCUUCUCCCUUGACUCCAGACGCAAUGAAACGAAUCCAGAAGGAACCUGAAUCUGAUAAAGAAACCCAUUACGUGGCAAUAUCUGGCCGAUUAGUUUUGGGAGAGAAAGAGGAGAAAGAAGGCAGCGAACUCUACAGUUUAAGAAAAUUUUCUGUUUCAUCAGCGCGGGGGAGGCCGAGGACUAGCAGCUUGAAUAUGAAGGAAACUUUAGAAAGUGAGAAUCCCUUGGUCACAAAGAGCUUACAGUUGAAAACAAAAAGCUCCUUAAAUAAUGAUGUGGAUACGAAUUCACAUAUGGAUUGUUUUCAAGAGAAAACAAGGCUCACAAAGAAACCGGCAUCCGAAUCUGAACCACAAUUAGAAAUGGUUGAAGGAGCGACAGACAGAGUAGUGGCUGUCUCACAACCCCAGUCCAUAGAUUCAAAACCAGUAAUGAGUAAGACUUCCUCUGGUCUUCCACAGCAAUCAAGUGUUGGCCAGACGAGUUAUGAAGACAAAAAUCCCUUUCAAGUCAAACUUAGAUCCACAUCUUUAUCGCUGAAACACAGGGAUGGCUUCAUACCGGAGUCAAAGGAAACUAAAAGAUACAGCGCAGAAUGUAGUUUAGAAAAAGAGGUACUGCCUGUGUCUUCACCAAAAGGUGAAAAAGCAGAGGUCAGGAAGACAUCAGAUGUAAAUACCAAUAAUUUUUCAAAUGAUGGACUUAAAAUUAAAACAAAGAUCUCUGAGCAGGGAACCACAAAGCCUCCAUUGCCGAGGAAGCCCGCUUUGCAACAUUUCAUCAUUAGUGGCACAAAUACAGUCACUGAAAAGCAGGAAAAACUCAACAAAUAUUCUGAAUUAAAAAAUGAAGAGAAAGAUUCGGAGAAGAAACAGAGUCCUGUUGAAGUGCAUGAAAAAAGUGUACCAUCACAUGGGAUUUUUGUCGAUGCUGCAAGAACAACUGAAACCCAAACCAUGCCAGCCUGGAUUUCUAUAGCAAAACAAAAGCAGAAGGCCAUUGAACAGGAGCUUAGCAAAGAAGACAAACCAGUGGUUCAGGAAGAGAAGACAGAUUCAGAGAGGCAAAUUCAAGAGAAUGAGGGAGUGGAGGAAGCAGUGAGGCAACAGCUAGAUUACACCCGGACCACAUUUUCACCUUUUCCACCAACUGUUUCCUCUGAAAAGCAGAAGAAAGAGACAAAGUUGGAGACACCAGAGUUUUCGCCUAAAACCAACAUGCUGUCACAUCAUAGUCCUGUUCAGUCUUCACUAGUGCCAACUGAAAAAGAAGACACAAAGCCACUGAAGAAAAUCAGUCAUUCAGAUCAACCCUCCUGGAUGGAACUUGCAAAAAAGAAGUCUCAAGCUUGGAGCGAUAUGCCGCAGAGGAUAAAGUAGAGCAAGAGCUUUCUACCCGUUGUUAAUGCUAUUUAAGGAAAUGUAUCAGACUAUGUUAACUGAAUGGAUAUAGAUCAGUUAAUUGUCAUUAAAACUAUGGCACGUCAAAUACAUCAUGCAUUCAAGAAAUGUAUAUGAAAUGUUGGUUAUACAUUUGUGUGUUUAUCCUGCUCUAAUAGUGAGGACAGUGCUCAAAAACUGCUUCAGAUAUUUACUCAUGUCUUUGAGAAAAGUACUUAAUGUCGUGCAUAUGCAAAACAAAGUGCCCUUAUGGUGUGGAGCUUACGGAAAAUUAAAAGCAGGUAGUGCUUUUUGCUACUAAAGGUAGGGAUGGAGAUGGAGUGAUGGGACAGCCACUGACUGUUGUGGUCUAUUUGGUCACCACUCCUAUUCCCCUUCUCCCCACAUAAAUGUCAACACACAAGGGGCUCAAAAGGAGACAAGAAGCUUCCAUGCAGUCCUUCCACUGCCCCUUCGCAACAUUAAGAAAGAAAAGGGACUUGCACUGGAAAACACUCCAUUCACUUGGACUGUAUCACAGGGAUAUUCUGUUAUGUUUGGUUCCCUUCUAGAUUAGGCAAUGAGGGUUGGAGGUGGGAACGCUCUCUUAAUCUAGCCGUACCAUCUGAACACCCUCAUGAUCUAUAAUCUUAUGAGUUGACAAUUUCCUCUGUAUCCAUGCCAAGAAUUAGAAUACCAAUUAGGACGAGGGUUUUGUUUAGCCAUGCCCUUUUCUAAUUUAUAAACCUGGGUUCAUGCUGACCUCUUUUUCUGCUGGGAAACUUGUCAACAUCCAUAAUACGGAAGGACAGCCUUAAUAGCCUGCCAGCGGUUAUACCCAGUUAUAAAGAUUGUCAUUUGUCCAAUUUCAUGGAUAUAAUAUUGCAGCAGAAAAUUAGAGAGAAAAUUGGUUGGCAUUGCUUCCUUCCCUAAGUGCACUGUUGAGCCUGUCAGAGUCCAUAAAUAAAUACAUUUUGACUGCAUUCAGGGUCAAAUGGAACAGACAAUCCAUUUCCUGUAAAGGCAAAAGGAAAGAAGUGGGCAUUUAUCGGCUUGCUAUAUCCAAGUUUAAAAAGUGACUCUUGCAGGUUUUAUCUGACAGAGAAAGAAGUGACAUGUUGUUCACCUUCAGUAUUAGUCAUGGGCCCGAAAUUUGUCCCAUUCAUUUCAUUUGUGAUUCCAUUUCGGAAAGGCCCCUCCUGAAAUGGAAAUGCAAUUGAUACAAAAGGCAGACAGGCCUCCUUUUUGGAUCAAUUGUAUGAGACCUGGCAGGGCCUGCUGCCAAGCGCGGAGUAAGCACUGGCACUUGGCUGCAGGCUCUGUGUGGCCUGGGUGCAUAGGCCCAAAGCCUGCACUUAUAGGCCCAGGCACGUUAGGCCAACGGGUGAAAUCCCACCCCCACCCCAAUAAUGGGCCAAAAGAAAAUUGAUAUUUUGGCCCCAUAAACGAAAAACACAUAUCUGACCUCAGAAUUUCAGGAGGCUCAGAUGAAAAAGGAUCGGGGGGCCUGCCAAAAGCGGGAACAUGAAACGGAUCAAGGUAAUUUCCGAAUGCACAUGACUAUUCAGUAUACAUUGAAGGACUUGGCAAAAGUAGUCUUGUUGGCCCUCAUGGGGAGAAAAGAUCCAAAACCAUUCAUACGAGGGCAAUAACUUUAUUAAUUUAACCAAAGUGUUGCAAAAGAGUCUACAAACCUUUAAAAGAUCCAGAACGUUACAUCUAGCAAGGUGGUCAACAGGUAAAGGGACAGGAAGAGUCAGCAGAUGUGGAAACCAUGGCGUCUUCCUUUGGUUUCAGUUUAAGAUAAAAAUGGGAAGAGAUAGUAGUGGAUAUUUAGAAAUACAUUCUGUGGGUAACAGAUACAUAUUAACUCUAAUAUGGAGUAAAGCACAAAACAAAAAUUGAACUGAGAGCACCACUGAUUCUAAAUAGAUCUAUACUAUGUACAUUUCAUUGUGCUUUAUGGUUUUAAAACAAUAUCAUAAAUGCUUUCUAGAUUUCAUACUUGCCCCAUGGCCAUUUUGCUUCAUAUAAUGCUAUCUUAUUUAAUCCUAGCUUCCAUCUCUUUAAUCCUGCAUAGGAAAGUCAUGUUUACUUGGUAAUAAAUCCUACAAGGUUACAUAGGGCACAUUACCUAACCUCUCAUACUUGUGUUUAGAUAUGAAGUUUUAACUGUCUCAACUAAAUUAUUUUCAGUGUUGUAUCCUAUGUACUGUAUAAGGAAUUGUAAUAAACCAUCUAAGUCUAGAAUUCCUUGCAA